AUGGGGUAUUUCAAAAUUCAGCUGCAAUCUUUGAUCACCGGAAAUGAUGGCCUCUGCAGUGGUAUCCCUCAAUUGAAAUUGCGACCGUGCUCCAACCACACCAACAAGAAGCCAUCUUGGAAACUUACCAUAGCAGUCUUCACGAGCAGUGCAUUUCUCUUUGUUGCAUUAGUAUUUGCAUUAUGCAAGUUCCAUCAAAAGAGUGGGAAGAUAAAAGCAGACCUACAAAUACCAGUCAUAAGUGACAAAUAUAUGAGGGUCUCUUAUGCUGAAUUGUCCCAUGCAACAAAUGGUUUCAGUUCGGAGAACCUCAUUGGUGCAGGGAGGUUUGGCUCAGUCUACAAAGGACGAAUACGAGACAAUGGCAAUCACAUGGUCGUUGCCAUUAAGGUUCUCAACCUCACACAACGCGGCGCAUCUCAAAGUUUUGUGGCAGAAUGCGAGACUUUACGAUGUGUUCGACAUCGAAAUCUAGUGCAGAUAUUGACGGUCUGCUCAAGUAUUGAUUCUCUGGGCCAGGAGUUUAAGGCUAUUGUGUAUGAAUUCCUACCAAAUGGAAAUUUAGAUCAACGGCUGCACCAACAUAUCAUAGAAGAUGGUGAACAAAAGACACUAGAUCUGCUUGCAAGGUUAUGCAUUGCAAUCGAUGUGGCAUCCUCACUAGAUUAUCUGCACCAACAUAGGCCAACACCGAUUAUCCAUUGUGAUCUUAAGCUAAGCAACAUUCUCCUGGACAAUGACAUGGUUGCUCAUGUUGGAGAUUUCGGACUUGCAAGGUUUCUGCAUCAAGAAACAGAUAAAUCUAGUGGAUGGGCAUCAAUGAGAGGAUCAAUUGGUUAUGCAGCUCCAGAGUAUGGACUGGGCAACGAAGUCUCCACCCAUGGUGAUGUCUAUAGCUAUGGCAUUCUAUUGCUGGAGAUGUUCUCUGGGAAAAGACCAACAGACAGUGAGUUUGGAGAAUCCAUUGGACUCCGCAAGUAUGUUCAGAUGGCACUGCCAGACAGAGUGAGGAUUAUUAUAGACCAACAGCUACUACCAGAGACAAGGGGUGGGGAAGAAGGCACCUUGAACUCCGGCAGCAUCAGAGAUAUGAGAAUUGCCUGUGUUACUUCAAUUUUGCAGGUUGGGAUUUCCUGCUCAGAGGAGGCACCGAUGGACCGCCCAUCGAUCAGUGAUGCUCUAAAAGAACUGCAAGCAGUUAGAGAUAAGUUUCACAUGCACUUUUCUGGCGAAGGAGCAUCAUCAUUCCGCUGA